AAAAUUCUCUGACUUUUUCCUGACCUGUGGCAACCCUGCAAGAAAAGGGAGAGAAAAAUGAUCCAAAUUAAGAUUUUAAGGGUUAUUUUAUUCCAAAAGAAAACUUUGAAAGUAAACCCUUUUGAAUGAUAAAUUUCUUCUCUAACUUUGCAAAAAUUCGAGACAAAAUUAAACCCGGAAGUGUUAAAAAUAACUUUUUUUUAAAAAUUAAAUAUUCUUUGAAUGAAAGAAUUUGGAAAGGUGAAAUUAAUCAUACUCGUCGAGAUGAGAAAUCAGAGAAUAUUUCGUGUAAAUAAACACCUUUGAAGAAUGUGGUGGCUAUACGAUUUUCUAUCGCAAACUUUCGAGCACUCCGGAGGGAGGUAUCUUCCGUAUGGCUAUUUUGGCCAUUGCACAAGAAGAAUAAAAAGAAAAGGAAGAAAAAGAAGAAGAAGAUGAUGAUGGUGAUGAUGAUGAGAAGAAAUAGAAGAGAAAAUUGAAACUGCGAAGGCGGAGGAGGAAGAAGAAGAAGAAGAAAGAAAGAAAUUGUUUCAAGUGAGGCGCAUGCUCACCCAUCGCACAGUCUUUCAAAAUCCACAGACGGCUUUCUCCUUGUACACGCGGUGGUAGCUUUCGGGCUUUCACCAUUCUCGACGUUACCCGUCAACCAGAGUGUGCCCACCUCGAGUCUGGACAUCCCGGCGGAAAUAUGUCGACGCUCAUCGCCCAAAAUAACCAACCAAAGUGCAAUACUUUCCCCCUGUCAACGAUUUAUUCUUCAAUCGAAUUUUCUUUUUCUACAAUACCGGAAAUAAUUGUUCUCGUCCUGAUGAGGAAGAAUUCAUUCGUCGCAGGUCAAUGACAAUUCUCCAUUUGAUAAAAAUUGUUGAUAAUUCUUGAAUUUGUAUUUAAGAAAAAUUGCAAUGUUUGAAUUGAAAAAUCUUUCGGAUAAAUUCAAAAAUAGAGAAUAGUGGCGAGAGGGUAAAAUUUUUUGGAUGAAGAUUCUCUUGACGUCAGGUGAUCAAGUGUCAUUGAGCCCAGGUUUGAGAUUAGGAGGUUGCCACCUCUUCAAUAGAUUAACCUUGAUGCCAGCCUUGCAAUCGUUAACGACCCACGUUACAACACUGCCUGCAUUUUCAGACGUGUUUCCAAGUUGAGGGCGCUACCAAGCUCUUUUCUCGUCUCUUGGAUCAUCGCCAGCGAUGUCAGUUUAGUUGGACUGCCCUCGUCGACAUCUCUCCUCAUGAUUCGUGACCUCUUAGUUUUUCGAGUUUGUGCUCGGGAAACGGAAGUGAACAACAGCCAUGUGGUGUUUUAUUUAUUUUAUUUACCUUAUUAUUGUGAUGAUUCAAGAAAAGUUCUAAGUGCAAAACUCCUUUCCGAAUAAUAAUAAUGAAUCAGGAAUAGCUGACAAAAUCAAAAACUAAUUAAUUCAAGAAAUGAUUACAAUUGAAUCAAAUGGCUGACAAGGUGAAUUCCCUAUUGACAGUGUCACAAUGUCAAAGUCCGAAAAUUCAAAUUUCCAAAUAUGCAAAAUCAAAGAUUCCUGAGAGAUGUGAGGAGCAGGAGAAGAGGAAAAAUCUCUCUCAAUGUGAGAGGCAGAGAAGAAAGGCGAAGAUCUACAAGAAGAGACGUGGUCGGGAGAAGAUGAUUGAUUUGGAGAAGUUGCCAACACCACCGCCGGAUCCAAUGGAGACGAACGUCUUCGACGAGGCCUUUGUGAAGCACAAAGAAAAUGAGAAUUUGAAAAAGGAAUUUCUCGAUUAUCUCCGAAAUCGUCGACCGUCGACCGAAAGUAAUACCGGUUCCAUAUUUCGUUCAGCCUCGAGUUUCGCGGCAAACUUCGACGGCACUGAGGAGGCUUUCGAUCAUUUGGAAAAGCUCUUCCUUCUCAUGGAGCAAGUGAUUAAUCUUCGCGAUCGAAAUUCGAAAAUGUUCCGAAGACUGAGGGAAUUGGAGAGAAUAAAAGCGUUGAGAAAUGCUGAUCGUGAAGUUGAGAGGGCUUUGCUUAAUGGUGAGGAUGUUGUAUUGCCCGAGGAAGAUGUUGGUUUUGCCGCAUCAUUAUUGAAUGCGAUACUCUCCAGUGGACCGGAUUUGACGACGACAACGACAACGGCGACGAAGAAGAAUUUUCGUUCACCACCAAUAAUGAGACAGAGGAGUCGAUCGAUUGGAAUUGAAAAUCCGGCGAUGCGUUUGUCGCAAAUUAAUCCAGGUGGAUUGGGAAAUAAGAAACGAAUGUCGAUUGUCGGUGGACCGAAGGUAUCGAAGUGGACCAAAGUCAAGGCUGCAUUCAAGUGGGAGAAGGCCGGAACUGUUGAGACAAUUGAUCCUGAGAUCAUGAGAUUUCUUAAAGUUCCGGACAACAAUGACACUUCCACUGGGUCUGGGUCCUCGCCAAGAACUGGUGAUCAUUCCGGACCACCCAGUCCGAGUACUUUGUCUUCAUCUUCCUCGACCGACGAAGUUUUCCAAGGUGUCAACAAAAGGCCACGCUCUGGUCAAUUGCCUGUGAGAAGUAAAGAAGACGUUACGAAUGAUGAUUCCUCUCGUCGAAGUCGAUCUCUAGACGGCGAUGUUCUGAUACCUCAAAAUAUUGCAUUUUCCAAUCACUUAUUGAAGUUUCGAAGACUGCAAAGACAAGAUUCAAAGUGGCACAAAGUGAAAAGAGCUUUUCUCACUAACACUGUUUCCGUUCCUCCAAGUCCAAGUAGAGUUUCUUCAUUCUUCGACGAAGCAGACAUUGGCGAAAGUUACAGUGCAAGUGCAGAAGAUUUGGAAACCGAUGCAAGUUCCAAUGUUCAAGCGGAAAUUCAAAGAAACUAUCAAAUACUUCAUGACAAAUUAAGUGCAGAAUUUUAUCGGAAAUUAAGCGAAUGGGAAAAAUUGAAAUCAACAUCGCCUACGAAUCUACCACAAUCGAAUCUUCAUCAGGAGAAUAAUAAUAAUAAUAACAAUAACAACAAUAAUAAUAAUUCACGAUGUAAAUUGAUACGCGAUAAAGAUUCAUCGAAUGCAUUGUUAAUUGGUGAAGGACAAUUGACGCCAGAAUUUAAGAAAAAAUUAGACGAAUGGAAACGUAUAAAAAAAGGUACAACUGGUACAACAACGCCUGAGCAACAGAUUUUUAAACGACGAUUGACCGAUUGGCAAAUUUGGCGUGCUCCGGCAAAAUCCGAAUCAAAAACCGAUGGUGAAUCAUCGAGUAAACCACAUCUUUCGGAGGAAUUCCUGAAAAAAUUGGAAGAAUGGAAGAAGAUAAAGGCGGCAAGGAAUGAUGAUGAACAUGAAGCGGGGAAAAGAGGAGAUUCAAAUUCGAAUAAAUCAUUUAGGAAUAGUAAAGUUUGGAAAACACUGGAUGAAAAAGAAUUUCAGCCAUUAGAGAAACUUCUAGGUAAAAUUGAAAAAGUACAGCCCAAGUUACAAAAGCGAAGAAAUAAAAUUCUGGAUAGAGAAGCUAGAUUAUCCGUGCUGAAACGUAAUGCUGGCGAUUCGUCACCGCGAAAAAGGGAAGUUCUCGUACACACGCCAACGGGAUUUUUUCGAUUUGAAGGAAUAUCACAGGAAUUUACACGGAAGUUGUACGAAUGGGAAAAGAGUCAAGGAAUAUCGCCGGAGUUAUCUACUUUUAGAUUUUUAAAUCCCGCUUAUAGAAUCUCUGCAGAUGCGACGCCCACAGAAUCGCAACAUGAAAAGGGAAUGCGACCUAUUCUCAAACGUUCCAAAUCAGUUGGCAGUAUUGUUGUCAGUACACGUGAGGAAACUCCGAUUCGUCAACUCUCCAGUUUAUCGUUAAACGAUGUCCAGGAAUUGGACGCUCAAGCAAAGAGAGUGAAUUCGGAGCAAACGUUAGCGGAGGAAGAGGUGUCAGAGGAAAUUUUAAUGGAUGAUUCAGAGCCAGAAGCAAUGAUUGUCGAUAUUGAAGAUGUUAUUGAAGAAACUGCGAGUCCGAUGGCAAAAUUGCAACCACAUCAGACGCCAGUUUAUUGUGUGGCUGCCAGUGAGACGACAAGUAUCGCAAUUCCUUUAGGAACAGUAACAUCGAGUCAUGAGCCAUCUCCUGUUAUUUUAUUCGAGGCAGGUGAACUUCAUCCAAUUACCGCGAGACUUAUCGUCAAGAAACAAAGUCUUUCCUCUCAUUCCUCGAUUGUUUCUGUGAUUCAAGAAUCGUUCACAAAUCCAGUAGCAUUUUCAGAAGAAUUAAUUGAUUCUAGAAAAAAAGAUGAGGCGCAAUCUGUUGUAUUCAACGAAAUUAAGAGGAGCAAAACUAUUCUCAGGGACAUUAACAACAAGAAGGAUGAAAAGAACAAGAGAACAAAAUCGCAAAUGGAUAGAAACAUAGGACAUCCAGAUAAUGAAAAAUCUCUUGUGACAGACAAGCAAAAAUUACGAAGCUCAAUUUGUGAAAUUUCAGAGCAAAAGCAAACAGACGCAUUGGACGAAUCGGACGAAUGUAGUGAUCGAAAUAAAAAGAUAAUCAAAAUUAAGGCGAAUGAUUCGAAAUCAAAAGCAUCUAAUGGGAAUGAAAGAUUUAAAGAUUUCCUAGACACGUCACAAACAGCAGAGUUUAACACAAUUAUUGAUACGUGUCUUGAAUCUUCUCAAGAUCUAGAAGUUUCUCCCAUCAGAGAUUAUGUAAAUGCCAUUCUGGUAACAAACCUAUCGGAACCGGAUUCAAAUAAAGAAUCCUUAAGAGAACUAGAAACGAAGAAAAAAUCGAGAAGAAUAAUAAAAAGUGAGAGGAAUAUUUCCGACCAGAGGGAAAAUGAAAAUUCACUCACAAUAACAGUCAAUGAUCUUGCUUCAGGAACAAAGGCCUUUGAAAACUCUCGUAGAAAAUGUAGUUUAGAAGAAGACGACGUUGUCAUCACUGUAAAUCGUGAUAUUCGACCAAAGAAAGUGUUAAAAACACGUCGAUUAACAGACACUCAAGUUGGAUAUCAAUGGAGAUCGAAAAUACUGGACGAAAUCGAUUUACCUCGAGAAUCGGCUCCACUCACUGUCUCAGCAUAUCAAGAAACGCCGGACGUUGAAAGAAUAAUAAUAAACGAAAGUACUCUAAAUAAAAUUAUCGUCCCAACCGCGAGUACCGAACCAAUUGUGCAAGAAUCAAAUUUACCAGAAGACGCUAACGAUCCAAAAUUAACAAUUAAAUUAGAUUCUGAAGAUGUAGCAUCUAAACGAGAAAAACAAGAAUCACGAAGUGUUUUCAUUAAGACGAAGAGAAUGAUUUUCUCGCCAUUUCGAAGAAAUAGUAAGGAGAAAGGAUGUGAGACUCCAAAGGAAAUGCAAAAGGAUGAUAAUGAUGAUUUGAAUGUAGUGUCUAGUAAAGUGGUUGUUAAAUGCAUUCAAAGUACUUCCACGUCCGAAACUCAGGUUCCGAUUCAGCCCUGGGCUAAUUUACAUAGAACAAGAUCUAAUUCUGAAUCACCGUGUUCGCGCGAGAGAAAACGAAUAAUUGAUUCCACCGAGCAGAGGCGACCGCCUUUGCCUCAAUCUCCAAUUCUUUCCCGUAAGGAAUAUCGACGAUCGUCUCCAAAGGAAACUGCGCCAAGCAUACGAAUGAUGAUUCAAAGAUAUAAUCAAAAGUUGGAGGACGCGGGAAGUCCAGCAAGUAGCGGAAGUGGUUCACCAAUUUGGCGAUCACCCGUCACCGAGAGAAGAGUUCGCACACAAAUGGAAAAGUAUCAGGAAGAAGUGAGAAAAGCAAUUGCUGGACCGCCCCGUCGUGAUGUUCUAAAAAGCGCGAGUACCAGUUUAAUUCGCGACAAUCCCACAGGAUCUCCUCUCAAUUCCCCACUAGCCGAAAGAUCCCACAAAACUGAAAUUCUAAAAAGUACAAGUGCCGAUUUCACCAGAAAUCGCCUUUUCUCCACAGUUCACAAUAUCAAAAUUGACGAAGAGAAGGAUUCAAAAAGAAUAAACCUUCCCAAUGAAUCAUUGCGCCUGUCAUCGAAAAUUGAAAAACCACAAGAAAAUAUCUCUCCCGAUUUAAUACACAAACUAGAAGCACUAUCGUCAGCUGCAUCUCAAAACAAUCGAAAUUCCCUACCAUCAAGUUCAAGUACAAAACAUUCGAUGCAAUCACUAGCGACAAAUUUACUCGACGAUUCACAGGCAGAGGAAAGUGAUGAUUCAUCAUCGCCACUAAAAAUUCGUGCCCAAAUGAUUCAGAAGGCAAAAGAAGAUUUUCUCUCCCGCGGUCCAUCGUGCUAUUCCCAUGAUCCGUCCACUGACAGUCGACACGACGAAAUUGUCUUCGAUUCAGGCACCGAAUCAGUUGAUUACGAGGAUCGUCCCGAUUUAAUUAAAUCGGCCAGCGCUGGAAUGAUAAACGUUGAUCCGGAUACUUUCGAAAGACUUGCGACAAAUCGUGGCUGUGAAUCACUGCCAAGAUCGGUGAAGAAAAUCAGCAACACUCCCAAUCGUUUUAGUCAAAUUGCAAAUAAAUUUCGACGCGCAAAACUUAAGAAGGCCAAGGAGAAAGAGAGUAAAAUGAGUACUGUUUCAAUGCUCUGUAGACAGAGUCUCUUGGUUGAUAUUCAACUUGAGGGAGCUUCGAAAAGUUGUCCCACGUCACCAUCGCCUCAUCGUGAGGACGACGACUGUAAUCGUUUCAAAAAACAUCGCGAAAGUAAUUAAAAAUUUAGACAAUCCAAGUGUUUAAUAAUAGUUUUUUUUUUAAUAAACGAGCCAAAGAAUUAUAUCUACCAAAAAGAAACAAAUUCAAAUAUUUUUUCAUUUAAAUAGAAAAAUAUAGUUUGUAAAAAAUUUAAUCUUACAUUAAAAAUUAAUUAAUCUUCAAAAAUUAAUGUAAAAUUAAUUAAUUAAUUAAUUAAUUAAUCGACAAAUUAGUAAGACUAGAGAAUAACAAAAAUGUAGAAAUAUUAUUCAUGUAGUCUAGAAUCAUUUUUUUACAAUUUUUUAAUAUAUCUAUACUUU